AUGACCAUGUCACCGCCGGCUUCGCCAACGGGCACGCCCGCGCGACCCAUGAGCGGGAUAAUGCGCACUCCGCGUAGUACCAGUCGCCUAAGCAUGAGCAGCAGACAAGGUGGAAGUCGUGCAUCGGACGAGGAUGGCAAGACUGCAGUCAAAGUCGCUGUCCGUGUACGACCACCACUGAAACCGACCGACCCGGGCUACGAAUUGAUCCCCCAGCGAUUCCAGCGAUCCAUGGUUCAUGUCACCGCGCCAACCAGUCUUACUGUCGAUACAUCCCCCACGGGCCAAAAGUUAUUCGUAUUCGAUCGUGUUUUCCCCGAGACGACCGAGCAGGAGGGGGUGUGGGAAUAUGUCAGUGAAAGUGUCAACUCGUUUCUGCAGGGCUACAAUGUGUCGAUUAUGGCGUAUGGCCAGUCCGGGGCGGGAAAGUCUUUCACCAUGGGUACCUCGGGCCCAAAUGAGCAGGAGAAAGUGCAGGACAUGGGUAUCAUCUCCCGUGCUGCGCAGGCUUUGUUCGAUAAAUUAGACGGUCCCUCAAAACACAUGCGAAAUGGUUCGACCACUGGGCUUCGAACACCUCAACGAUAUUCAAUGAGUUCCGCCUCAAGCUUUGGAAAGCUGAACCAGGAGAAAGAGAAGACUUGGCAGUUGAAGGCUACCUAUGUGGAGAUCUAUAACGAACAAUUGAGAGAUUUACUGCUACCCGAGUCGACUGCUGCAACGGAUCGCAACGUCGUGUCUAUCCGCGAGGAUCCCAGGGGCCGCAUUAUUUUGACCGGACUGCACCAAGUUAACAUAAACUCCUUUGAGGAUCUCAUCGGCGCCCUGAACUUUGGCUCUGCCAUCCGACAAACAGAUUCUACGGCCAUCAACGCCAAGUCAUCUCGGUCGCAUGCCGUUUUCAGCUUAAACCUCGUCCAGCGCAAAGCUGCGCCAAAUCAAGCGCCCUCGACCCCGAUGAGGGAGAAGCGCAUGUCGAUGCCGGUGGACUCGUUCAACGCCGGAGAAACCGUCACGGUUGACAGCAAGCUGCACUUCGUCGAUCUGGCGGGUAGCGAGCGAUUGAAGAACACAGGCGCCUCUGGAGAACGCGCCAGGGAGGGUAUCUCGAUCAAUGCGGGUUUGGCCGCGCUCGGCAAAGUCAUCUCGCAACUCUCCUCACGCCAACAGGGCUCUCACGUCUCCUACCGAGACUCCAAGCUUACCCGACUCCUCCAGGACUCCCUUGGCGGAAACGCGUAUACAUACAUGAUUGCCUGUGUGACUCCCGCCGAGUUCCACCUGAGCGAAACUUUGAAUACGAUCUCGUAUGCCCAGCGGGCCAGAGCAAUUCAGAGCAAACCCCGCAUCCAGCAAAUCGCAGAUGACGGCGACAAGCAGGCUGUGAUUGACCGGCUCAAGGCCGAGGUGUCAUUCCUGCGCCAACAGAUUCGCAACAGUGAAGGCAACGAACGACGUGAAGAACGAUCCACUGAGCGAAGUGAACGCAAGAACGAACGUGAAAAGCACCUGCAGAACCAGCUAUUAGAUAUCCAAGAAAGCUAUAACUCUCUCAGCCAGCGUCAUGCCAAGCUUAUCUCGAAUAUGGCCAAUGAUUCCGAUGGGCCUGCCACCAAUGGCGAAGCGGACCAGGUUACCUCCGAGAUUGGGCAGGAGUCCGUGGAGAGAAUGCAGCGGUCCAAGUCCUUCGCCGAGUCCGUUGAGCAGAUGGUUCUGGAGUACGAGAAAACUAUCCAGACAUUGGAGUCUUCCCUUUCUGACACGCGGGCCUCGCUGUCCGCCACUGAGAGUGAUCUGCUCGAACGCGAAACCAAAUUUGCUUAUGUGGAGACGACCAAAGAACAGCUCCAGGCCCGUGUACAAAAGUUGCUCGACCGGGAGGCCAACACUGAUACCUACCUGCGCGAACUGGAAUCUAAACUUGACGGGCAGACUACGGGCGAGGAAAAGCAUGCUGCCAUUGUGGCUGAGCUACGCAAGGAGUUGAGCCGAGCCCGUGAUAGCGAAGCCAGCUGCGAGGAGUAUAUUUCUACGCUUGAAGAACGUCUCGCGGAGGGUGAGCAGGACAUGGAGCUUAUGCAGCGCGAGGUGAUGCGUUUGGAACACGUCAUUGAGCGCCAGCGAGGUCUCGGACAGCUCGACCAUCUGCUCAAUGAGCUUGAUGGGCGCGAAGGUGCCAACGGCAUUGACCGCGCCCACUAUAACAAGACCAGGGGUAUGUCGAUCUCGCAUAGACACACGCCAUCCCUGGAUGUUCUCAGCGAAGCAGUUGAGACAGCCAUUCCGGAAUCGGAUGAGGAUCUCAUCGACCCUAUCAUGGAGGACGAGCACGAGUCCGCGGAGCAAUCCGAGCACGAGUCGGGUGAGGACCUAAAGGUUUUGGAGACGGCGACCAGCAGGCUAGAGGCACGUCGCUCCGAGGCGCUGCGUGAGGAGCCCACCUCAAGCCCUGCUCAGUCCAAGUUCGUCGCCGAUAAGCUCGAGACUGUCACCCAGGAGCUAUUCGACCUGCGUAUGCAGCACGAAAACACCAUCGGUGACUUCGAGGUUCUCGAAUCCAAGUACGAGGAGGCUCUCAAGGCUCUUGCUGAGCUUCGCCAAGACAAGAUUGACGAAGCGCGCCACUCGGCAAACGAUGCUCAAAACGAGGUCACGCCGCGUCCGGUGUCUUUUUUAGAAAAUGGAGGCACUCCGACUACGAAGUCUGGAGCACAACACUCAUUCUCGCAAUCACUCUCUUCGGAAUUAUCCUCGGCCGGGGAGCCAUCCACUUUGCGCGAAUCCUCUGAGUACGGAUCAAAGGCUAUGUCAUCCGCACCCUCAACCCCGCAGGUGAUGUCUGCAGGCCCAGUGGACCCCGAAGAGUCGGAGAAUAUGCGCAAAAUGCUCGCCGAGCACCAGGAGAGUGCUGAGUUAAUGGCCCAGAAGUAUACGGAGUUGCAAACCGAGCACGAAGAGAUUCUCGUACUGGUCGAGAAGCUCAAGGCCGAGGCCCAGCGCCAGAAGUCGAGCUCACCCCCUACGACUCCCGGCUUCAAGAUGAUCCGACGCAUGACUAGCCAGAACCUUCUGUCAGGAGUUGAUCGUGCUACCCGCGCCCUUACCGGCCUCCGACUCCUUGCAUCCGAGGAGUUCGCUGAUAAGCCGGACGCUAUGCACAACUUUGACUACCAUCUGGAUCAAACCAUGCACGAAUUGCAAAGCCGUAUGGAGCGUCUCCAAUCCCUCGAAGCUGAGAACCAGAGUGUCAAGAAAGAGAUGGAGAUGAAAGCGACCAUCAUCUCUGGCCUGACGAGAGAACGGUCCAGUUUGCAGGGUGUUUCGCCUGUAGACAUGGCUCUGGUGUCACAAUUGCGCGAUCAGGUUAUUUCCCAGGAGAGGCAGAUCAACGACCUUCAUGCGGCCUAUGAAAGCCGCCAAAAGGAGCUGUUGGCCGAGAUUGAGACCUUGAAGGGUCUGUUGAAGUCCCAGGAAAGCGCCACUCGGGCAAUGGAUGCCGGUGCCGAAGAGCAGGACAAGAAGAUUGGUGCUCUCCAGGGUGAGCUUAACGAGUGGCAGGGUAAGCACCAGAGUGCUCUGCAGUCCUUGCAGGCUUCCGAGUCACAGCUCACUACCACCCUCGCGGAGCUGGAGAGUGCUUUGGCUACGGUUGAGGCUAUGCGGUCUGAGCGUGCUGCUACUGGAGAUGACUCUACUGAGAAAGAAGUAACCGCUCGUGAACUUGAGGGUGACCGUGUCGAGCAGAAGGAUCUUGUGGAUAGCCUGAAGAAGGACAUCGAAGAGCAUAGGUCUACUAUCGCUGCUCAGCUUGCCACAAUCGCUGCUCUAGAGAAGUCUCACUCCGAUGCCCAGGAUCAACUGGCUACUCAGACCACCACCGAGGAAGCCACCAAUGCCGGCGCUGUUGACUUGGGUCUUUCCUCCCGGAUGGCUGAGCUUGAGCAGGAAAUCUCCACCCACAAAUCGGCUGUUGAUUCUCACCAGACUGGGUUGCAAACGCUCCAGGAGUCCCACCUUCGUGAAUUGGCCGAGUUAGAGGAGCGUACUAAGGCCGCUGCCCAGGCCGAGCAUGAUGCUCGCCUCGUCGAGAAGGAGGCCGAACAUGAGAAAUCCAUGGCUGCUUUGCAGAAGGAGAUUGCGGAGUCUCGCGACGAGUUGGUUAAGCUGCUCAAGGCCGUGUCGACGCUUCUCAACUCCGAGGUGUCCGCCGAGAGCCUGCCGGAUCAGAUCCAGGAUGUCCUUGCUCAGAAGCAGCACUUCUCUGACAAAUAUGCUGAGCUCAUGACCACCAAUGAGGAUCUCCGUCAGCAGCUGGAGGCUAACAGGGACUCUGAGAGCCGUUUCGACGAACUCACCAAGAAGCACGACAUCCAGGACGCCAAGGUUAAUGAGCUGGCUCUCUUGGUGGCUACACUGGAGGACACUCUUCGCCAGAAGGACGAACAAGUUAAGAAGAAGGAAGCGCUUGUUGAGGAAAUUACCCUUGAAAAGCAGAAGAGCGUGCGUCUCGUGGAAGAGCUUGAGGAACAGAUAACCAACAGCUUCGACCAACACCACAACCGUCUGUCUGUCAUUCAGCAGGAGCGUGAUCAAGCUUUGGAAGAAGCCAAGGCGAAGAUCGUGGUUUACGAAAGCGACAUCCAGACUUACCAACUGCGGAUCGAGCAGCUUGAGCUCCAAAUCAAGAAUAGCGGAAAUGCCGAUGGCUCCCACGACCGCAGCAGCUCCCUCACAUCCAACCUCCGCAAGAGCUCUUCCGCCGCAUCUCUCCCUUCGCCUCCACCGGCAAUCCCUCUUCCUCCCCUCCCCACCAUCGCCUCACACUCAAACGGCUCCUCCAGCGUGUCCCCGCCCAGCUCUCGCCACGCCAGCAAAGAGCUAUCCAGCGUGCAGAUGGUCGAAGACCAAGAAGCCCGAAUUCGAACUAUCGAGAAACACCUAUACGCCGAGAAACAGCUGACCGCGACCCUGGAAGAGGCGCUUAGCGAUCUCGAGGCCCAGAGCAACAAGCUCAAGAGCGAAUGCGAAGCCUGGAAGAAAAAGUCCUGGGGAUUCGAGGACGAACUCGCGUCCCUCCGCAAGGAGCGCAGCUCUGCUCGUCUGUCCCUACAAGCCGUCGAAGAAGAGCGCAGUGCUCGCCGCGAAGCCGAGGCCGCGCGCGCCCAGCUCGAAGAACGCAUGGCGGCUCUGAACAAGAAGAAGAAGAAGAGCACCCUCAACUGCUUCUAG